GGCAUGGACCUGGCGCCUCCGCUGUAGGGACCCUCGAGCUUCUCCCCUGGGUUUGCGCUCGCCUCGCCGGACCGCCGCGAUGGCCUCGGAAGUGGUGUGCGGGCUCAUCUUCAGGCUGCUGCUCCCCAUCUGCCUGGCAGUAGCAUGUGCGUUCCGGUACAAUGGGCUUUCCUUCGUCUACCUCAUCUACCUCUUGCUCAUCCCUUUGUUCUCAGAACCAACAAAAGCGACUAUGCAAGGACAUACGGGCCGGUUAUUAAAGUCUCUGUGCUUCACCAGUCUUUCCUUCCUGUUGCUGCACAUCAUUUUCCACAUCACAUUGGCUAGCCUGGAAGCUCAACACCGUAUUGGACCUGGUUACAACUGUUCCACGUGGGAAAAGACAUUUCGGCAGAUUGGCUUUGAAAGCUUAAAGGGAGCUGAUGCUGGCAACGGGAUCAGAGUGUUCGUGCCUGAUAUCGGGAUGUUCAUUGCCAGUCUGACCAUCUGGCUCGUCUGCAGAAACAUUGUUCAGAAACCAGUGACAGAAGAAACAGCACAAUAUAACUCAGAGUUUGAAAAUGAAGAAUCGGCUGGAGGAGAAAAACUAGAUCCAGAAGAGGCACUGAUCUAUGAAGAGGAUUUAGAUGAAGGGGAUGGUGUUGAAGGCGAGGUGGAAGACAGCACAAAAUUAAAAAUGUUCCGCAGACUCGCCUCUGUGGCCUCCAAGCUUAAGGAGUUUAUCGGCAACAUGAUAACCACCGCUGGGAAAGUUGUGGUGACAAUUUUACUUGGUUCGUCAGGUAUGAUGUUGCCAUCUUUGACUUCAUCUGUGUACUUCUUUGUAUUUUUGGGUUUGUGCACCUGGUGGUCCUGGUGCCGGACGUUUGAUCCAUUGCUGUUCAGCUGCCUCUGUGUUCUGCUGGCUAUUUUCACUGCGGGACACUUGAUUGGACUUUAUUUAUACCAGUUCCAAUUCUUUCAAGAAGCUGUUCCACCCAAUGACUACUAUGCAAGGUUGUUUGGUAUCAAAUCAGUAAUUCACACGGACUGUUCCAGCACCUGGAAGAUCAUAGCAAACCCAGACCUGUCAUGGUAUCACCAUGCCAACCCCAUCGUCCUGCUGGUGAUGUACUACACGCUGGCAACGCUGAUCCGCAUCUGGCUACAGGAACCCCUUGUGCAGGACGACAGGACCAAGGAAGAGGACAGAGCCCUGGCUUGUAGCCCCAUCCAAAUAACAGCCGAGAGGAGGAGGAGCCUGUGGUAUGCCACCCAUUAUCCAACUGACGAGAGAAAACUUUUAUCCAUGACCCAAGAUGACUACAAACCAUCUGAUGGCCUGCUGGUGACUGUGAACGGCAACCCAGUAGACUAUCACACCAUCCACCCCAGUCUGCCCGUGGAGAACGGCCCUGCCAAAGCCGACCUGUACUCCACCCCCCAGUACCGGUGGGAGCCCUCCGAAGACUCCUCAGAAAAGAAAGAGGAAGAAGAGGACGAGAAGGAAGAAUUUGAGGAGGAAAGGAGCCAUGAGGAGAAACGAAGUGUUAAAGUUCAUGCCAUGGUCUCCGUGUUCCAGUUUAUUAUGAAGCAAAGUUACAUCUGUGCCCUUAUUGCCAUGAUGGCUUGGAGCAUCACCUAUCACAGCUGGUUGACUUUCGUGUUGUUGAUUUGGUCAUGCACCCUUUGGAUGAUUCGCAACAGAAGAAAAUAUGCCAUGAUAAGCUCUCCUUUCAUGGUUGUCUAUGGAAAUCUGUUGCUGAUACUACAGUAUAUAUGGAGUUUUGAACUCCCCGAAAUUAAAAAGGUCCCAGGAUUUUUAGAGAAGAAAGAGCCAGGAGAACUUGCCUCGAAGAUACUUUUCACCAUUACUUUUUGGCUAUUGCUGAGGCAGCACCUCACAGAGCAAAAAGCUCUUCAAGAAAAGGAAGCUCUUUUAUCUGAGGUCAAAAUUGGAAGUCAGGAAAAUGAAGAAAAAGAUGAUGAGCAAGAUAUACAAAUGGAAGGAGAUGCCGGAGAGAAGGAGGAAGACGAACCCAAAGAAGAGAAGCAAGAGAGAAGGAAGGAAGAGGAAAUGGAAGAAGAUGAUGACCAGGACAUCAUGAAAGUGCUGGGCAAUUUGGUGGUGGCCAUGUUCAUCAAGUACUGGAUCUACGUCUGUGGAGGAAUGUUCUUCUUCGUCAGCUUCGAGGGUAAAAUUGUGAUGUACAAAAUCAUCUACAUGGUGCUGUUUCUGUUCUGUGUGGCCUUGUAUCAGGUGCACUAUGAAUGGUGGAGGCGAAUCCUAAAAUAUUUUUGGAUGUCUGUAGUUAUCUACACUAUGCUGGUGCUUAUCUUUAUAUACACAUAUCAGUUCGAGAAUUUCCCAGGCCUGUGGCAAAAUAUGACGGGAUUGAAAAAAGAAAAGCUUGAGGAUCUUGGCUUAAAACAGUUUACCGUGGCAGAGCUAUUCACUCGCAUAUUCAUCCCAACCUCCUUUCUGCUGGUGUGCAUUUUACACCUUCACUACUUCCACGAUAGGUUCCUGGAACUCACAGACCUGAAAUCCAUUCCCAGCAAGGAAGACAGCGCCAUCUACAGCCAUGCCAAAGUCAAUGGGCGCGUAUAUCUAAUAAUAAAUAGCAUCAAGAAAAAAUUACCAAUCCACCAAAAUGAACUGGCGCACCCUGAAGGAAGCCUUCCGGACCUUGCCAUGAUGAAUCUGACCGCCAGCCUGGACAAGCCGGACCUAAAGAAGCUGGCUGAGCCUAGGGAGGACAAACCAGAGGGAUGCCCUGAAAAGGCUGAGAAGGCUGAGCUUGGAAAAGACAGCGAGGAGGAGGAGGAAGAAGAGGAGGAAGAGGAGGAGGAGGAGGAAGAGGAAGAGGAAGAGACCUCAGAUUUAAGAAACAAAUGGCAUCUGGUGAUUGACCGCCUCACUGUGCUCUUCUUAAAAUUCCUGGAGUAUUUUCACAAGCUGCAGGUGUUCAUGUGGUGGAUUUUGGAGUUGCAUAUCAUCAAAAUUGUUUCAUCGUACAUUAUCUGGGUUUCUGUGAAAGAGGUGUCUCUGUUCAACUAUGUAUUUUUGAUUUCUUGGGCUUUUGCUCUACCAUACGCCAAGCUACGCCGUCUGGCUUCAAGUGUCUGCACUGUCUGGACAUGUGUGAUCAUCGUCUGCAAAAUGUUGUACCAGCUGCAAACCAUUAAGCCUGAGAACUUUUCUGUUAACUGUUCCUUGCCAAAUGAAAACCAAACAAAUAUACCCAUCAACCAGUUGAACAAGUCUCAACUCUAUAGCGCUCCUAUUGACCCAACAGAAUGGGUCGGCCUGAGGAAGUCUUCCCCUCUGCUUGUCUACCUGAGGAAUAAUCUCCUGAUGCUGGCCAUUCUGGCCUUCGAGGUUACGAUUUACCGCCAUCAGGAAUACUAUCGAGGUCGAAACAACCUCACAGCCCCUGUGUCUAAAACCAUCUUUCAUGACAUUACAAGACUCCAUCUAGAUGAUGGGCUUAUAAAUUGUGCCAAAUAUUUCAUAAAUUACUUCUUCUACAAGUUUGGUCUGGAGACCUGUUUCCUAAUGUCAGUUAAUGUAAUUGGUCAGCGAAUGGAUUUCUAUGCCAUGAUUCAUGCCUGCUGGCUGAUCGCUGUCUUAUAUCGACGCAGAAGAAAGGCCAUUGCAGAGAUCUGGCCCAAGUACUGCUGCUUCCUGGCUUGCAUCAUCACCUUCCAGUACUUCAUCUGCAUUGGCAUCCCUCCGGCUCCUUGCAGAGAUUACCCGUGGAGAUUCAAGGGUGCUAGCUUCAAUGACAACAUCAUAAAGUGGCUGUACUUCCCAGACUUCAUCGUGCGGCCCAACCCCGUGUUUCUUGUCUAUGACUUCAUGCUGCUCCUGUGUGCCUCCUUGCAAAGGCAGAUCUUUGAGGACGAAAACAAGGCUGCCGUGCGGAUCAUGGCUGGGGACAAUGUGGAGAUCUGCAUGAACCUUGAUGCGGCCUCUUUCAGCCAGCAUAACCCCGUGCCAGAUUUCAUUCACUGCAGAUCAUACUUAGACAUGUCCAAAGUGAUCAUCUUCAGCUACCUCUUCUGGUUUGUCCUCACGAUCAUCUUCAUUACUGGGACAACCAGGAUCAGCAUCUUUUGCAUGGGUUACUUGGUGGCCUGCUUCUAUUUCCUGCUCUUUGGGGGUGAUUUGCUGCUGAAACCCAUCAAGAGCAUCCUGCGCUACUGGGACUGGUUGAUUGCAUACAACGUUUUUGUGAUUACGAUGAAAAACAUACUGUCAAUAGGAGCAUGUGGAUACAUUGAAAAAUUGGUUCAAAAUAGUUGCUGGUUGAUCCAAGCUUUCAGCCUGGCCUGCACAGUCAAAGGCUAUAAAAUGCCUGAUGAUGAUUCCUCAUGUAAACUACCUAGUGGUGAAGCAGGAAUUAUUUGGGACAGCAUAUGUUUCGCCUUCCUCCUGCUACAGAGAAGAGUUUUCAUGAGUUACUAUUUCCUACAUGUUGUGGCUGAUAUAAAAGCUUCACAGAUCUUGGCAUCAAGAGGGGCUGAACUUUUCCAGGCCACAAUUGUAAAGGCUGUAAAGGCAAGGAUUGAGGAAGAGAAAAAGUCAAUGGAUCAGCUAAAAAGGCAGAUGGAUCGCAUUAAAGCCAGGCAACAGAAAUACAAAAAGGGUAAGGAGAGGAUGCUGAGCUUGACCCAGGAAUCAGGGGAAGGCCAAGACAUCCAAAAACUCUCUGAAGAGGAUGAUGAAAGAGAAGCAGACAAACAGAAAGCCAAGGGCAAAAAAAAGCAGUGGUGGCGGCCUUGGGUUGAUCAUGCUUCCAUGGUCAGGAGUGGAGAUUAUUAUUUGUUUGAAACGGAUAGUGAAGAGGAAGAAGAAGAAGAAUUAAAAAAGGAAGAUGAAGAACCUCCGAGAAGGUCAGCUUUCCAGUUUGUUUAUCAAGCCUGGAUCACUGACCCUAAAACAGCACUGCGACAGAGACGCAAAGAGAAAAAAAAGUCUGCAAAAGAAGAACAGAAAAGAAGAAGAAAAGGAUCUGGGGAGGGUCCUGUGGAGUGGGAAGACCGAGAGGAUGAACCAAUCAAAAAGAAAUCCGAUGGACCAGAUAAUAUCAUCAAGAGGAUAUUUAAUAUUUUGAAAUUUACCUGGGUUCUGUUUCUGGCAACAGUGGAUAGUUUCACAACUUGGCUUAACUCCAUUUCAAGGGAGCAUAUUGAUAUAUCUACAGUUCUGAGAAUUGAAAGAUGCAUGCUGACCAGAGAAAUUAAAAAGGGCAACGUCCCCACUCGGGAGAGCAUCCACAUGUACUACCAGAACCACAUCAUGAACCUUUCCAGAGAGUCUGGACUGGACACCAUUAACGACCGUCCUGGUGCAGCUUCCGGUGCACAGACAGCCCACAGGAUGGAUAGCUUAGAUUCACAUGACAGUAUCUCCAGCUGCUACACUGAAGCAACCAUGCUGUUCUCAAGGCAGUCUACCCUUGAUGAUUUAGAUGGACCAGAAACUGUUCCUAAAACAAGUGAGCGUGCUCGACCUAGGCUUCGUAAAAUGUUCAGCAUGGAUAUGUCCUCCUCAUCAGCUGACAGUGGCAGUUUAGCAUCAAGCGAGCCCACGCAGUGCACCAUGCUGUACUCGCGCCAGGGGACCACGGAAACCAUAGCGGAGGUGGAGGCCGAGCAGGACGACGAGGCGGUGGCCGCAGACGUAGACCAGGGCGGGGAGGCCACGGGGAACGUGGGGCCAGAGGAGGCCUCGGAGGGCUCGGAGGCCUCAGAAGUCGGCCUGACACCGGACGCCGAGCUGCCGCAGUACCCCACAGAGGACGGGGACGUGGAGGCCCCGCCGUCCUACAGCAAGGCCGUCAGCUUUGAGCGCCUGUCCUUCGGUUCCCGGGAUGACUCUGCAGGCCAGAGCCACAUGGCUGUGAGCCCCGACGACAGCCGCUCGGACAGGCUCGAGUCCAGCAUCUUACCGCCCCUGACCCACGAGCUGACAGCCAGCGAGCUGCUGCUGAACAAGAUGUUCCAUGAUGAUGAGCUUGAAGAGUCAGAGAAAUUCUACGUUGGCCAGCCCCGGUUCUUGCUGUUAUUCUAUGCCAUGUACAACACUCUGGUGGCCCGCUCAGAAAUGGUGUGCUAUUUUGUGAUCAUACUAAACCACAUGGUCUCCGCCUCCAUGAUCACUCUUGUGCUUCCCAUUCUGAUAUUCCUCUGGGCCAUGCUAUCUGUCCCCAGGCCCAGUAGACGAUUCUGGAUGAUGGCCAUUGUCUACACAGAGGUGGCAAUUGUGGUCAAGUAUUUUUUCCAAUUUGGGUUUUUUCCCUGGAACAAGAAUGUGGAAUUGAACAAAGAUAAGCCUUACCACCCACCCAAUAUCAUAGGAGUGGAAAAGAAAGAAGGUUAUGUCCUUUACGAUCUCAUUCAGCUCCUGGCUCUUUUCUUCCAUCGAUCAAUUUUAAAGUGCCAUGGUUUGUGGGAUGAAGAUGACAUCACUGACAGUGGCACAGACAAAGAAGAGUCAGAUGAUGAGCUCUCCCUCAGUCGUGGCAGGAGGGCCUCCUCCGAUUCUCUGAAAUCCAUCAACCUGGCCGCGUCCGCAGAGUCAGUGCACGUGUCUUUCCCUGAGCAGUCCACCGCCAUCCGGAGGAAGCGAUCGGGAAGCAGCUCCCAGAUAUCCCCCAGAUCCAGCUUUUCUUCCAAUAGGUCCAAAAGAGGCAGCACAAGCACCCGAAACAGCAGCCAAAAAGGAAGCAGUGUUUUAAGCAUCAAGCAGAAAAGUAAAAGGGAACUUUAUAUGGAAAAGCUUCAAGAACAUUUAAUCAAAGCAAAAGCAUUUACCAUAAAGAAGACUCUGCAAAUAUAUGUGCCCAUCAGACAGUUCUUCUAUGACCUCAUCCACCCAGACUAUAGUGCUGUGACCGACGUGUAUGUGCUCAUGUUCCUGGCCGACACUGUUGACUUUGUCAUCAUCGUCUUUGGCUUCUGGGCCUUUGGGAAACACUCAGCAGCAGCAGACAUCACCUCUUCCCUGUCAGAGGACCAGGUUCCUGGGCCAUUUUUGGUGAUGGUCCUCAUUCAGUUUGGAACCAUGGUGGUGGACCGAGCACUAUACCUCAGGAAGACUGUACUGGGAAAGGUCAUUUUUCAGGUCAUUCUUGUGUUUGGAAUUCACUUCUGGAUGUUCUUCAUCUUGCCUGGUGUGACUGAGAGGAAGUUCAGCCAGAACCUGGUUGCUCAGCUUUGGUACUUUGUGAAAUGUGUUUACUUCGGAUUGUCUGCCUACCAAAUCCGUUGUGGCUACCCAACACGAGUUCUAGGAAAUUUCCUCACCAAGAGCUACAAUUAUGUCAACCUCUUCUUGUUUCAAGGGUUCCGCCUCGUUCCCUUUCUGACUGAGUUGAGGGCUGUGAUGGACUGGGUGUGGACAGACACAACCUUGAGCCUCUCCAGCUGGAUCUGUGUUGAGGACAUCUAUGCUCACAUAUUCAUCCUGAAGUGUUGGCGUGAGUCCGAAAAAAGAUACCCACAGCCUCGGGGGCAGAAGAAGAAGAAAGUGGUGAAGUACGGCAUGGGAGGCAUGAUCAUCGUUCUGCUCAUCUGCAUUGUGUGGUUUCCCCUUCUCUUCAUGUCCUUGAUCAAAUCUGUGGCAGGGGUCAUCAACCAGCCCCUGGACGUCUCAGUCACAAUUACCCUGGGAGGGUACCAGCCUAUUUUCACAAUGAGUGCCCAGCAAAGCCAGUUGAAAGUUAUGGAUCAGACAAGGUUUAAUAAAUUUAUGAAAGCUUUCUCUAGGGACACUGGUGCUAUGCAAUUUCUGGAAAAUUAUGAAAAAGAAGACAUAACAGUAGCAGAACUGGAAGGAAACUCAAAUUCUUUGUGGACCAUCAGCCCUCCCAGUAAGCAGAAAAUGAUACACGAACUCAUGGACCCCAAUAGUAGCUUCUCUGUUGUUUUUUCAUGGAGUAUUCAGAGAAACAUGAGUCUGGGUGCAAAAGCAGAAAUUGCAACCGAUAAGCUUUCUUUUCUUCUUAAAAAUAAUACACGUAAGAAUAUAGCUAAAAUGAUAGCCGGCAACAACACAGAAAGUUCAAGAACACCAGUGACUAUAGAAAAGAUCUACCCAUAUUAUGUGAAAGCACCUAGCGAUUCGAACUCAAAACCUAUAAAGCAACUUUUGUCUGAAAAUAAUUUCAUGAAUAUCACCAUCACUUUGUCCAGAGACAACACAACUAAAACUAACAGUGAGUGGUGGGUUCUCAACCUGACUGGAAAUCGAAUAUACAAUCAGCAUGCUCAGGCCUUGGAACUGGUGGUCUUCAAUGACAAAGUCAGCCCCCCGAGUCUGGGGUUCCUGGCUGGCUAUGGGAUCAUGGGAUUAUAUGCUUCAGUGGUCCUUGUGAUUGGGAAGUUUGUCCGUGAAUUCUUCAGUGGAAUUUCUCACUCCAUCAUGUUUGAAGAGCUUCCAAACGUGGAUCGAAUCCUGAAGUUGUGCACGGAUAUUUUUUUAGUUCGAGAGACAGGAGAACUGGAACUAGAGGAAGAUCUCUAUGCCAAAUUAAUCUUCCUGUACCGAUCCCCAGAAACCAUGAUCAAAUGGACUAGAGAAAAAACAAAUUGAUACCUUGAGACACAGACUGCAAAUCAAGUGAACAUUUGAAUUUUUUAAAAAGCACAAUAUUCUCAUAAGAGCUAAGCAUUUCUAGUUGGAUGGAAAUGGUUUCUCUUCUGACAGGUGGUCAAAAGGAGCUGACUUCCUUUUGCAGUCUAAGCUACCUUGCAGAUGAAGGCGCCUGUUGAAAAAGUUAUUUGUAAUUCCAUUUCUCCAAAAUCAGGGCUACUUGUUUUAUGUUUUAGUCAACAGUGUCUUGCAUUCUGAUUGACUAUGCAAAGGAGUCACUUAUGGGUCUCCUCCCUCAGAGAAACAGGAGAGAAGAAGGAAGAAGGAAAGACACACAUGUUCUUCUGUGCAGGGACUGCACCCUUCCAGAAAAGAUGUUAUGAUGCCCUACGUUGUGCUGUGUCACCAACAGGGAAUCUGCUGUGAGGAGAAAUGAUGGGCCUCAGCAUACCCCAAAAAUACACAACAGCAAUAGGAGGCUGAAACUCCUGAACAGAUUUCUGGGGGGACGAAGGGAGAAAGGGAGCCAAAGACCCAUGAAGAUGCCAGAGGAAGGAUAAGCCUCAUUCUAAGCAAAAAGUUAACAUUAGUGACACUCUUACUGCCUUAUCUUAACUGAAGACUAAUAAAAAAAAAAAUCUUUUCAUUAAACACCAGUGACUUCUCAGGAAAAAAAAAAAAAAAGCAGCAAAAUAAAUAUGUGGACACUGUCUUUGUUGAGGCCCAGCUAGUGACUGGCUUCAGUGGUGGUGACUGUUCUGCUUCAGAGUUCCUGCUCCUCGUCAGACACAGGCUCCAGGUAGAAAGAUAAAAAUGGCACCCAGCUGGAUGUGGAAAAUACUGACUUUGUAACUCUUUACUAAUGGAGGUCAUGAACGCUCUUCUACCUUUCUCCAUCCCUUAACACGCUUUUUUCCCAUUUCGGUGAUUUAAGGCAAUGGUGUUUUCCAGUAUGUGACAUUUUCCUUCCUGUUUUUCAGGUAUAUCAAAGAGUUUACAUAUUCCAAUUCACAUUUUUACAUCUGAGACGGGUUUUUUAAGUUCAUAAUUAUGAAAGAAAUAUGUAUAUUGAGCUUGGGGAAAUAAAAAAUGGCCUUUUCUUAAAUUAUUAUUGGUAAUACAACCUCUUCGUUAAAUAACAAUGUAGCAUGAAAAUUUAUGAUUGAAAUGUAGUUUUCAUUCCAUAUUAAAAUAUAGUUUGUGAGGAAUCAUCGAAUGGACUAGAAUAAGUAAAAAAAAAUGAUCCUAUGUAGUUUGGGUUCAGGACUGACUUAAAAUAAAGCACAUCUUGCAAAGUCA